GUGGCAUGGGAAGGUUUAUGAAAACUCACCAAGCAAAGUCACCAAUUGAGCACGAUGAUAUACAUGGAGGCUGACCAGCUUACGGAGGAGCAGAUUGCCGAGUUCAAGGAAGCUUUCUCCUUAUUCGACAAGGACGGCGAUGGCACCAUCACCACGAAAGAGUUGGGUACCGUCAUGAGAUCUCUGGGUCAGAAUCCGACAGAGUCAGAACUUCAGGAUAUGAUCAACGAGGUGGACGCUGAUGGAAAUGGAACCAUCGAUUUCCCAGAAUUCCUCACAAUGAUGGCAAGGAAAAUGAAAGAAACAGACACGGAAGACGAACUGCGCGAGGCAUUCCGAGUGUUUGACAAGGACGGCAAUGGUUUCAUCAGCGCGGCCGAGUUACGGCACGUCAUGACCAACCUCGGCGAGAAACUGACUGAUGAGGAAGUGGAUGAGAUGAUCAGGGAGGCUGACACGGAUGGUGAUGGACAGGUCAAUUAUGAAGAAUUCAAAGAGGCGUUUGCCUUAUUUGACAAAGACGGCGAUGGCACCAUCACUACGAAGGAGUUGGGUACCGUCAUGAGGUCCCUGGGUCAGAACCCCACAGAAGUUGAGCUGGAGGGUAUGAUUCGUGAAGUGGACAGAGAUGGAAGCGGAAGCAUAGACUUCCCCGAGUUCUUAACCAUGAUGGCGAACAAGAUGAAAGAUGGCGGAGACAACGAGUCCGAACUCAGGAAUGCAUUCAAAGUGUUUGACAAGGACGGAAACGGUUACAUCAGCGCCGCCGAGCUACGGCACGUCAUGACCAACCUCGGCGAGAAACUGACUGAUGAGGAAGUGGAUGAGAUGAUCAGGGAGGCUGACAUUGAUGGAGAUGGACAGGUUAAUUAUGAAGCAUUUAACGAUGCCUUUGACCUGCUGGACGAAGACGGCAGUGGUACCAUUACAACCGCCGAGUUAAACACAUUGAUGCGAUCGUUGGGCCAGAAUCCAUCUGAGAAUGAAUUACGGGCUUUGCUGAAAUCUGUGGAUGCAGAUGGAGACGGCACCAUAGAUUUUCCAAAAUUCCUCGCAAUGAUGAACAGGCGCAUGACCGUGUCAGACAAGGAAAGCGAGAUCCGGGACCUAUUCAGCCUCUUUGACCAACAUGGCGACGGCUAUAUUGAGGCAGAGGCAUUACGGAUGGAGCCUGUCUUGUCUGAGGAAAGGAUUGCAGAGUUCAAAGAAGCCUUUUCUCUUUUCGACAAAGACGGCGAUGGCACUAUAACGUCGAAAGAGUUGGGUACAGUCAUGAGGUCCCUGGGUCAGAAUCCCACGGACGGCGAACUGCAGGACAUGAUCAAUGAAGUCGAUGUUGACGGCAAUGGAACGAUAGACUUCCAGGAGUUCUCAGGGAUGAUGUCUCGGAAGACCAAGGAUGCCGAUGUAGAAGAUGAGCUAAAAGAAGCAUUCAAUGUGUUUGACAAGGACGGCAAUGGUUUCAUCAGCGCGGCCGAGUUACGGCACGUCAUGACCAGCCUCGGCGAGAAACUGACUGAUGAUGAAGUGGAUGAGAUGAUCAGGGAGGCUGACAUUGAUGGAGAUGGACAGGUCAAUUAUGAAGAAUUUUUGAAGAUGAUGAGUAAUUGACACUCUGCCGUUAACCUCUCCCCGCCACCGCCACCUUCUCUUGCGGAGAGCAGUGACGUUCAACUCCCUUAAAGACUCAAUUCACUGUUUAAAUGACUUACAUAUCAAGACUGAAUGAUAUAAUACUACGAUACCAAGCUGGUCAUAUUUGAGGUGAGAGCGGAAGUUACACUCAGUUGGACACUUUGACCUCCAUUUCAAGAACACACAUAUGUAUAGGCGAGGCUAUAUUCAUUUCAAGUAUUGCCGAAAUGUUUUACUUUGGCACAUGGAUAUAACAUUUACAUGCAAGGAUGCUGUCGAUGCCUGACCAUCAAAUGGACGACUUGAAGAGCACACAUUUGUCUGAACGUAAAGGCAACGAAGCAUUGGCAUUCAUUAGCCAUUGACUGAUCUGUAAAUACAAUUAGUGUAAUAUUUAGCAAAUAUAUAG